CGUAAACACUGGUAAUCCGAAAGUACAUUUGCACACUUGUUUGUACACUUAUUUUAAUAGAAACCAAGCAAGAUCAAGUAUGAAUUUGGACAUUGAGAAAGCAUUAUUUGACAUUCCGGAAGGGGUGGAGUUUCCUAUGGAGCUAUGUCAUCAUUUGCGGACAAAGCUAAAUAGUGUCAUUGAACAAAACUGCCAGUUGAAACGCCACAUUAUCUACUUGGACAAGGAAGUUAUUGAACUACGGAAAUCCAAACUUGAGCAAUUCCAACACCAGAAAAACGAGUUGAAAUUGGCUGCAAAUAAUGGGACAGUGGAUACUAUGCCGCCUCAAUCUCUGAUGGCAUCCAAAAUCGUGGAAUUAAGCAAGAAGAACAGGGACAUGACUGCUCAACUGGAAGGUGCAAAAACCAAGUUGAAGAAAAUCAUGAGUGAAAAUGAGCAGCUUCUUCAGUUUCAAUCUGAUAAAGAGUUUGAAGAUAAGGAUAAAUCAGAAGCUGUUGAUGAGGACGCUGUAUCUGUCAUGUCUUCUCCGAGUCAGGUUACCCAUUUGACAAAUAAGAUGAUGGAAUAUCGUCGAAAGUGUCACCAACUUCAAAUUGAACUCAAAACUGCUACCAGAGCAUUAGCCCAAGAAGUCGGUGACUCAGCAACUCCUCAGUCCGUUCUUAAUUCUGUUUCUCAAUGCUCAUGGCGUGGUCGGCAGCAGCAAAUUAUUUCUUUGCAGCAGAAAGUGACAGAUUUGCAAGCAAAAUUAAUGAAUAAACCGGAAAAUUUCUGUGGAGAUGGGCCGUGUUUUUUGGGGGAUGGCGAUGCAUCCAUGUGUUCUGAAGCUUCUUCUAAUAUUCCAAAAAAAUAUGGAAGCGUUACAAGUCUCAGCAUUUCUUCCAACUAUGCACCAUCCAAUAGAACUGGAUUGAUGCAACAAGAUAUGAAAAAACAGGAGCAGAUUCGGAAACUUAACGGUGAAAUAGCACAACUCUCUCAAGACUUGAAAAAUCGACAACAGGAUCUUAAAGCCAGCAAAGCUCGUAUUCAAACGCUUGAGGCACAAGGCAAAUCUUACAGAAAUCAAAUUGAUUUAACUGAUGCUAAAUUCCAAGAAAAAGAAUUAGAGACUAAAACUAUUUGGGACGAAAUGAACCAAUUGAAACAAGAGCUUAUCAGUGUUAAAGAUCGCGAGAAACGGAAUCGAGAUAAGACCAGUUUAGAAGUUCAGGAGGCGACUAGAUCCCUUACCAGGGAGCGUGCAAUAGUUGGCAGAUUACAACAAGUAAUAAAUGAGAAGCAGGAGGCUAUCCAGAAAGCUGACAGUGAAAUCAUAGAGCUUCAGAAUAAAUUAGAAUUAUGCUGCUCCAGCAAAGUGGCUGGUGGAAUGAAUGCGAUCGAGAGGUUACAAGAACUUGAGCUUCAGCUUCGUCAAUAUUCCCACCUCUUGGCGUCCAGUGACAAGGAACAGAAGCGUCUGAUUGAGCUUGUUGAUAAAGGGGUUGCGGAAUCUGAGAGGGAUCGUAAUAAACUUAUCAAGGCCCAGCGAGAAAGUAGUCAAAUUUACGUAGUUCUCCAGCAAGCUAACAAGUGCAUCGACCAAUGUUUGGACGCUGCUAACGUUACCGACUCUACUAUUCUACAGGAAGUUGAGAAUAUUCGUACCAUGAUUCGUGAGCUACAAACUGGAGAACUCUACAGUUUAAAUUCAGAAUCCAGCACAUCUGGAACGUCUUCAGUGAAAAAAUUAAAAACAAGAAUUGAUCUCCUCAACAAAGAGAUUGUACUCUUGAAGCAUAAUUUGCAAGAAUUGACAAUUGUUCAUAAAAAUGAGAUGUCCAACUAUGCAAAAGUCUAUGAGACUCUGAAGCAAGAACUUAUUCUCGACAAUAUUAAUAUCACGUCUAAGGGAAAGCCAAAACAAUGACAUGGAUAUGACUUUGGAGUACAUGGCAAGGAACUCUUUACAGUAAUUUUUUAAUGUUAAUUUAAACUCAACACAAUAAAAUUUUGGAUUUUUGACAUUACACUUUUGA